AUGGCCUCAAAGCAGGAGGACAUUGUUGCCCCAGCAAACGAAGAGGCUGGUCCUCUUGAUAGAAAACGCAUCGUGAGAGUUGAUACCAAACUCGAAAGCGGUACCAGCGAUGGCGAUACACAUGGCUGCGGAAUCCUUGAAAAGAUUGUCACAACCAUUGUCUUCGUCGGCGAGAACAUGCCUGGCAGAUAUAAAUCCGAGGCCGCUAUGGAGGCGAGCCGCAAGUUUGUUUACGAGCACGUUGUCCGUCGGGUCUACGGAGACAACAAAGUCAUUGACGAGAAGAUUGACGAGACUGUCACCGCCAAAGUCGAUGAAGGGCGUAUAAGCCGUUUCAACGCCAAGUUUAGUGAGGCUAUACAUGGUAUUCAUGACGACCAUACCAUUAGAAAGCGUUUCAAGGAAUAUGUCAACAAGCACUUGUUGGACAAGGGCGAAUAUGAUGAUGAAGACGUCGAUGAAUAUGACGAAGACUUCAUUGAUGAGACUUCCGCCGAGCCAUUAGUAGCGGUGAAGGUUGACGAAGCUAUCGGGAAGGCCACUAGGAGGUUGAUUCUCUAUGUAUCCGCCACCAUAUGUAUUUAUUCUCAAAAUGACAUUGCCAAAAGGGAAGAGAGGAGGAAGACGAAAGAACGGAACAAAGUAUUCGAAAUAGAUUACACGAAUAUUACAAAGCUAUGGAUAGAGCCAAAAUCACACCCCGAAUUCGAUUUCGUGGGCUUCAGAGAACUCUUUCGUGAACCCAAAUCUUACCCCGAGUUCGAUUUUGUGGGCUUCAGAGAACUCUUUCGUGAGCCCAAACCACAGCCCGAAUUCGAUUUUGUGGGCUUCAAAGAGCUCUUUAUGGAGCCCAAACCAUAUCCCGAAUUCGAUUUCGUGGGCUUUGUCAACCUUUUCAAGUACUAUGAAAAUGCCUUCACCAUUGAGGCUAUCAACAAAAGGGAAGAGAGGGCAGAAAGAGAAUAUACCGAAUUUGAUUUUGAGGGCUUUAUCGAGCUCUUUGAAGACGCUUUGACACCCAACGACGAGGUCGACGAGGGCUAUGUCAUGGUUGGCCACAGCGCAUCUGGCGCAGAUGAGCUCGUGCUGGUCGCUGAUGAGACGAUCGACAAAUAUAGCACCGAGUCUGAGAACUCAAAGAGGACUGGAAAGCGUUGGUUCUUUUGGAGCAGCUAG